AUGGAGUCAGGAAAUUACACCAGAAUAAGAGAAUUUAUAUUUCUGGGUCUUACUGAUUCCCACGACCUGAGCUUGGUUUUAUUUCUUUUCUUGUGUUUUGUGUACAUGACAACUCUACUGGGCAACCUCCUCAUCGUGGUCACCGUGACCUUUGAAUCCCGCCUUCACACCCCCAUGUACUUCCUGCUCCGCAACCUAGCCAUCCUUGACAUCUGUUUCUCUUCCAUCACUGCUCCUAAAGUCUUGGUGGACCUUCUGUCAAAGAAAAAGACAAUUUCCUACUCAAACUGCAUGACACAGAUUUUUUUCUUUCACCUGCUUGGGGGGGCAGAUAUAUUUUCUCUCUCUGUGAUGGCGUUUGACCGUUACAUAGCCAUCUCCAAGCCCCUGCAUUACGUGACCAUCAUGAGUAGUGGCAGGUGUGCAGCCCUCGUCACAGCCUCCUGGGUGGGGGGCUUCGUCCACUCCAUUGUACAGAUUGCCUUGUUGCUCCCACUGCCCUUCUGUGGACCCAAUGUCCUGGACACUUUCUACUGUGAUGUCCCCCAGGUCCUCAAACUCGCCUGCACAGACACCUUUGCUCUCGAGCUCCUGAUGAUUUCCAACAAUGGCCUGGUCACUACUCUGUGGUUUAUCUUCUUGUUGGUGUCCUACACAGUCAUCCUAACAAUGCUGAGGGCUCAGGCAGGAGAGGGCAGGAGGAAAGCCAUCUCCACCUGCACCUCCCACAUCACUGUGGUCACUCUACACUUUGUGCCCUGCAUCUAUGUCUAUGCCCGGCCCUUCACUGCCCUCCCCACGGAUAAAGCCAUCUCUGUCACCUUCACUGUCGUCUCUCCUCUACUAAACCCCUUGAUCUACACUCUGAGGAACCAAGAAAUGAAGUCAGCUAUGAGGAGACUAAAGAGAAAACUGGUGCCUUUUGGAAAGGAAUAG